AGACUGCUGUCGGAGAAACAUACAAGUCGACUUCUUUCGACUCAAAAUGUUUCCACUAGUUGGCGUACUCCUGUUGGUUUUCGCGCUAGUAGAAGCCAGCCCAAUCGACAAUAGGAAAAUAGUGAAUGGCACAGAUGCGUCGAUCGAAGACUAUCCCUUCGUGGUGUCAAUCCGCGGUGCCAGCGGGGGACACUCUUGCGGAGGAAGUAUAUUGAACGAUCGAUGGAUCCUCACGGCGGCCCACUGCGUCGAUUGGACCACUCCCUUGCAGCAGACGGUGCAGGUUGGACGCACCACCAUUUCGUCAGCAGUGGACGACUCCGUCUAUGCCAUCGAGGACGUUGUGAUCCAUCCGGGUUACAACCCGAGCGACAGUUAUGUCGACGAUAUCGCCUUGGUUAAGUUGCGCAAACCGUUGGAGUUUAGUGAGCGAGUCCAGCCGGUCCGAGUGCCGGGGAAUCGCUUUUAUGAGGUGGACCCCCUCGAGACAAACCCCGUAACACUGAUCGGUUGGGGUCGGAAUGCUUCCGAUGGACCAGUUCAAACAACUCUGCAGCAAGUGGACUAUUUCGUCGUGCCCAACGACCAGUGUAACGUAAUUCACAGUGAUCACAUUUAUCCCACGCAGAUCUGUGCCGCGGAACCGGGUGGAGGAAAAGGACAGUGCAGUGGUGAUUCUGGUGGGCCACUGUUGUGGAGCGGCAUGCAGGUUGGCAUCGUGUCUUGGAGCAUCAAACCGUGCACCAUUGCACCAUAUCCUGGCGUACUGACGAAGGUUUCCUACUAUUUGGAUUUCAUAAAUCAAAACACUGGAAAGUACAACACCGCGUAACGUGGGAGACGUAUCGACGCAACCAACGCAUCGGUUGAGCACAAUCCAAUGACCCAUAAUAAAGCUACAUAAAUCUGAAAUG